UCUAGAGGAAAGAGCUGUCGCUGGAGACUGGAGGAGCGGGGGUGCAGCCUGGGCUGUGAGUGUGCAAGGGGUGGAGGAACUUGGGGGAGGGACAGGGGCCGUGGCCUUGGACCCUCUAGGCGGGCGGAGCCUCUGUCGGGGUUGGAGCCGGGCGGAGUGGAGAGGCUGCCCAGUGACAGGCUGAAUUGAUGGAGGGGACUUUGAUGGCUUGGGGUCUACCGCCAGUGGUACUUGUCCCCCAACUCCCAGGGUGAAUGAUUGCCUGUUCCCUUGGAAGACAGAAGGAUGUCCCUGAGACCCCACUCUGCAGGCGGAUUGACUGAGGCUGGAAGUGGGAGGGGCCUGCAGGGUGGUACAGGGGAACAGCCAGCAAGCUUCCCUAGUGAGGUGGGGGGUGGGGUGGGGUGGAGUUGUGGGUUGUGCAGAGCAGUCCCAGUGCCCUGAAGGAGUUUUUUUGGGUAUAUGGGAGUGGUGGCAGUAGACAGUGCCCCUACAGGAGCAGUGGUCCUUUGGGAAUAGUUGGCUCUGCUGUGGUUGGGAUGGUGGUGGGGGUCUCCUCUCUAUGUGUGUGUUGAGGAGUGCUUGGUUACCAAGGAGCUAGUGCAUUGAAGAGAGCUUUCAACAGUGAAUCUGGAGACUUAGGGCCUAGUACUGGCUCACCUUGCUGUGUGACCUUGGGUAAGAAUAUUGACCUCACCAAAACUCAGUUGUUCCAUUUGUAAAAAUGGAACUUGACAAUCCUGCUCUGUUCCUUUCUCAGGGCAAUGUGAGAACAAUGGGAAAUGAUUUAAGAGGAGCACAGUGGUCUGGAAUAGGAUCCUUAGGAGAAGCAAUGUGGAGGAAACCAGGUGCUCAAGAUGUUUGUUGAACUUGAGUGUUGCUCAGUCUUGGGCCAGGCUUUGCUGUGGGGACACUGAGAGGAAUCAAGCUGAGACCUGGCUCUGGGAACCCACUGGUUCAGUGAUUUGCACACCUUUUAAACACAUGCCUCAUUUUGAUAAACAAAGAGCUUCUCCCUUUAAUGUUUAAUCCAGUGAGGUCACUUUCAAGUCCAGAAUUUUAUUUUUGUUUCCUGCUUUGUUUUGCAAAAAAUAUAUUUAAACCAUGAGUGAUCACAUCCUUCCUUCCAAGUUUGGGGUGCACCUCCCACCCCCUCUCCUGCUUAGAGAGGUAAGGUGUAUCCAGGUGAAGACUAAAACUUCUAGGAGCUCAUGGAUGUUCCCCAUAGGCAUUUAUUGCAGGUCUUAUGGGUAGCAGGCAAAGUGCUUGGAUAAAAGAAGGCAGCUCUGUUGGGGCUGGUGAUUGCAGCUGGAAGUGUCCAUGACCGAGCUGGAGUCCUCCGGGGGCGGGUCCCCUGUGGGGGACGGGGAGGAGGGUCUGGGGGACGAGCGAGGCCUGGUCAUCCACCACCCUGCCGAGGAGCAGCCCCACCGCUGCCUGCUGUGCGGCCAGACCUUCUCGCAGCAACCCAGCCUCGUGAGGCACCAGAAGGCACACGCCGGGGCGGGCCGCGCGGCCUCCUUCGUGUGCCCGGAGUGCGGCAAGGCUUUCAGCGUGAAGCACAACCUCGAGGUGCACCAGCGCACGCACACGGGGGAGCGACCCUUCCCCUGCCCCGAGUGUGGCCGCUGCUUCAGUCUCAAGCAGAACCUGCUCACGCACCAGCGCAUCCACAGCGGCGAGAAGCCGCACCAGUGCGCGCAGUGCGGCCGUUGCUUCCGGGAGCCGCGCUUCCUGCUCAACCACCAGCGCACCCACGCGCGCAUGCCCGCGCCGCACCCGCGCCGCCCCGGCGUCUUCGGGGAGCGGCGGCCCUACUUCUGCCCGCGCUGCGGCAAGAGCUUCGCGCGGGAGGGCUCGCUCAAGUCCCACCAGCGCAGCCACGGCCACGGGCCCGAGGGCCAGGCGGCCCACCUAGGCCGCGUGCUAUGACAAGCACGUGGCCUGCCACCCUCAGCUGCCUCCAGGCCCAGAGCGGCGUCCCGGGGCCCUGGAGAUGGAGCUGGGCUGAGGCCCUCUCUCUGGACAGGAUCCCGGGAGAGGGACAACACUGGCUUGGGGUGUCAAGCUCAAGACCCGAUGCAGCUGCUUUGGGCUCCUGCGUUGGUUUUCCUCGGGCUCUUGCAGCCUUAAGCAGAUGUGAAGUGAGCAGGACCUCAUGGCCCAGAAGGUGCCGGGCACAUCUGGGCACAGAGACUAGGAAUGGCGUCCCAUGGGAGCCUGCAUGGCACUGCACCCUGGCAUGAGGACACGUCCUCUAAGAAGAUCUACCUUGGGAGGUGCCCUGAUGGAACCUGGAAUUAGAGGCCAAUUCCAAAACCUGGUGGGAAAACCCCCCAGGCCUCGAGGGAGUCACAGCAGGGGCAGGCCUCCUGCUGGCUUCCUGGCCACGUAUCUCUACUCUCAUGUGGCUGCAGGGAUGGCAUCUGUGGCCUUUCUGCUCCUGCCUGGUCCGCCAGUCAGCUAAAAUUCAGAGACAGGAAGUGACUAGUCUAAGUUAACACAGCAGGUCAGCGGCAGGUCAGGCUUGAGGGCAGAACCUUGCCCCUGGGUGAACCAUUCCUGCAGGCUUCAUUUCCUUUCUGAGUCAGGAAGGUUGUUAACACUUUGGGGUCACGUGGCCCUUUGAAAAUUUGUGAAAAUUGUGGACCUUCUCUCCAGGAAAACAUGCAUACUCACUUAGACUCAAAAAUUCCAAGCAAUUUCAGGAGCUGCUGGACUCCAGACAAAGAACCUCAGCCCUGGAGGCUUCAUCUGCCACCCUUCCCUUACCUGACACAGAGCCCUGAGCUAAGGCUGCCAUGCAAGUAGUGUUUCUCUCUCCCCUGACCUCGUUCCCGUUCCCUUGUUUGGGAAUAAAGAAUUCUGAGGUGGAGAUUCAUAUAGUCAAUCCCUUCUCUCAGACACCAGUGCACCAGAUUUCUGGAACCUAAUUUCCCUUCCGCUGACGUCACUGGAGAUUCCCUGGACUGGUUUGCUCCUCUGCAUUUGUUUCGUGUUCUGCCAACAGGAUGCUGGCUUGUGAAAUGGAGCCUCUGCUCGGCCUGGGCUCUGAUUUCACUGGGAGGUGUCAGGGAAGCUGGACUCUGAGGAGGUGGAAGAAGCACCAGUAAGCCCACCCAGGGAAAAGGAAACCGGUCACCCUCAGACAAGGCUCCUGCCCCACCAGGGCAGCCCUAGGCAGUGUCAUGUGGGAGAGCUGGGGAGGAAGACGCUAGAGCCCUGCUGCUGGUGCCUGUGGCUGGUGGGAGAGGCAGGUGCAGAAGCUGGGGUGCCCCAAGCAGAUGGGUACAAGUGGAGGGACCAGGCUCCAGGCCGGCUGCAGAGCUUAGUCUUCACAUCUGAGCAGGUCAUCCUGGAGCCCACAAGGCUCACCUGCCUCCCCAGAAGGAACUGCCCAUCAGAAAAGGUGGGACCCAUUGGGUUGGGAUGGAAGCCAAUGGAUUCCUGUCCUGGGUUCUUGCUGCUCCUAUCCCUCAGACAGUUUGGCACAUAGGUUCUUCCUGGACACCUACUGUAUAGGAUUGCAGAAUGCUUGGGGAAAUAGAGAAAGGGGAGCCACUCCCUGCCCUGGAGGCUUCCAUGUGGCUCUGGUCCUUGGCCAAUCUAGGGAGAACCACAACAGCACACCCUCUCUCUGCUAAUUGUUCAGCUUGUCUCCUUGCCGUACCUGUGCUAUGCCUUCCCUGGUAUUGCUCGGAAACGUCCCCCUUCUAUCCUCCUCUCUACUGAGCCCUCCUUAUCCACAGGGUUGGGCUUCCUUCUCUGUAUAGGACCUGUGUGAACAUACUGUCACCCCUGAGUACACUGUGCUGUCUAGUCUUGUGCUUCGGUUUCCUCUGUGUGUAUGUGCGUGCGCACAUGUGUGUCUUGAGUCUCCAACUAGACUAAGCUCCCUGAGGGCAAGGACUGUGUCAUUUCUUUUUGAACCCCAGCUGGUCUAGCACAGGGCUGGACUCAUAACUCUCAGGAAACACUUGUCAACUGGCUGAUGAAGCAAGUGCUGGAGCAUGGGGGUGGGUAUGGGGGGAUCGUGAGGGGAGAGGGCAUAUGAGUUAACUAGUGGGUGCGUUUUAUUGGGCUGUGGACUGGCUCCCCUGGGUCAGUAGUGGACUCUGGAGGCCUCAGGUCUUCCACUACUUGGAGGCAGUGGAUGCAGGAGGAACCCCCACCCCCACCCCUGCCCAUGACUAUGCAGGACUAAACGGAAAGGGUCGUCCAGGCUGGCUAUUUUUGGAGGUCACUGACACUUACUGGAGCUGACCAAGUGGAAUAAAUGUUCUCUUGACAUCA